CUUAGAGUUACUUCCCCUUUUAUGCAGUGUCAAACGAACCUGUCAAACUGCCAGCCAGCCAACCCUGGCUUGACACCUGAUAUAAGGUACCUUGUGCAAUGACCGGUUGAAAGAGACUGACUUGCAAUGCCUCGACUCUCCAAAGAACAGAGGGAGGAAGUGAAGAAAAUGCUGGACAAAGGCCUCUCCCAGUAUGAGAUUUCCAAAGUAAUGAAAACGUCUCGGAGUACAAUCCACCGUUUGGUCCGCAGGUUGAAAUCAACAGGGUCAACUGAUGACCUCCCUCGACCUGGGCGACCUCGAAUCAUCCCGAGCCAAGAUCAAUCCUGGCUAGAAUGUGCUGGCGAGGAAAGACCAUUUGUAUGCACAGAGUGUGGAAAAACAUUCAAACACUUCCACAAUCUCAAGAACCAUAUGAAGACUCAUGGGGACGAACGGCAAUACCAGUGUGAUCAGUGUGGCCGCGGUUUUAUUAGUUCUGCUAAUUUCAAACGACACAUGCGUAUUCAUACCGGCGAGAAACCUUAUAUUUGUGAAUACUGUGCCAGAGGUUUUGCUGACUUGUGCACUAUGAAGACACACAUUCGUAUUCACACAGGGGAACGUCCUCACAAGUGCCACCUGUGUGGCAAGGCCUGUACAACAGCUGGCAAUCUCCAUGCUCAUAUGAAAGUACACCGGGAUAAGAUAGGAGGUGAGGUACCCCGGCCCUUAUUCGUUAAUCCCCCAAGAUACAAAUCUAUCCCUAUCUUUCCACAGAUGGAAUUGUUGAAAGCUAAAAACCAACAAGCAUUGAAAGAAGAUUCCAAGGGUAGUGAAGCAUUUGAUGAGGAUAAGAUUGCCAAAGAGGAGGACGAAUCUAAUGAGGAAGGGCUUGAGGACCACCAACAAGAGGACAAUCCCCAGAUGCUCAUUGUUGAUGUGUCUUCCAGCUCUGUAUCCAAAUUUCAAGAGGACCUGCCAGCUAAAAUUGAGGUAAAUCCUGAUGGUUUUGAGGAGAACCCCUGCCCAAAUAAACCUGAUGACAUGGACUUUCAAAAGAGGUUCCGUGAAACAAUAGCAGCACCUUCGGAAGGGGAACCACCUAUUCCUGUAAUUCAAAUCAAGAAAGAACCUGACUUUGAGGAAGAGAGAAACUGACCUGCCUGUUCCAUGGAGUGCCCAACAUAGCUGGGGUCAUACGGGUCCAAGUCCAAGUCGCUAAUAUUCUGUGCAGUCUUGUAAUUUCAUGCUUGUGGGUUUCCAAGUGAGACAUGACCUGCGUUACUGAGGAUGUCCUCCACAGUUGAGCUCCAUGGUCUAGUGGAUAGAGCAUCUGCCCAGAGAGCUAAAGGUCGUUAGUUCACUACCCACCUACAUCAUGCCAAAAGACAUUAAAAGAUGGUUCUUGUUGCCCAGCCCAUCGCAGUGGGCUUGCAUUAUUAAUCCUUUAUUAGUCCUGACUACUAAGUACAAGCACCCACGUGCAUGCAUGUCACUUUAUAACAGCAAUAUUAUUAAACGUGAGGGCUGAUAAAAGUGAAACCAAACUCACCCACUGCGAACAUUCUAUGAUCAUUCAAACCUGAACUUCCAGGCCAGUCUGGCUAGUCAGCAGGCUCUGACAGCAACUAGUCCGCGAGUCAAAUCUAGUGAAAAGUUAUAAGGGCUGGUAGUUUAUUGAAAAAUGACAUAUCAUGAACAACUAGUCAAAUAUAUAUUGUGGACCAAUGUUUGAAAGUUUAGCAUGAAAGUCAAGGGGGUCAAUGUAAUGGCUGAUGGAGAUUCUAAUGGCUGACCUUCUGAGAAGUGGAUGGCAGAUCUCCAUACAGUGAUAUCGUAUGAGAGAAUAAUCUGCCUUUCAUGAGAUUGAGGAAUCCUUGUCAUAAUCUUGAUGUUAAAGGUUGAAAUUAAGGGUGUUCAAGAUUAAAAUUCUCCUGCAUCUGCCCCAAAAAUGUCAAACUCUGCUUGUGGUGUCUACCCUUGGUCUGUCUGUGGGACCUACUUUCUAGUGAAUAGACUUCGUCACUUCAUACACUAGCUCAUAUUCUGGUCUGCUCGAUUUCUGAUAAUAAAUUAACUUGUUUGUGGUUUCGAUAACGGUCCUUUGUCAGUUGUGCUCAGAUCACUAUUUACAGUGGUCGGGUAGCCUAGUGGUUAAAGCAUUCCUUCGUCACGCCGAUGACCUGGGUUCAAUGCUCGGCAUGGGUACAAUGUGUUAAGCCCAUUUCUGGUGUCCCCCGGCGUGAUAUUGCUGGAAUAUUGCUAAAAGUGUUGAAAAACAAUACUGACUCACUAUUAACAGCGAAAACAGUACUUUAACAUAUUUUAGCAAUAUUCCAGCAAUCAACCACUAGGCUACCCAACUGCCCCACUUUAACAUGGACCCAAAGGUCGAAGGUAAUGCAAUUCGCUUACCAGAGUUGCAUCCCUUAGCAGGGUCAGGAUGUGGUGAUCAUUUGGUGGGCCAGAUUCGCCCCUGGAGUGAUAAGGAUCAAAGCAAGACAUUCACUGAACUUUAAACUGAAGACGAGGCAUCCACUGUUGCAUCAGAAGAUGUUGUAUAAAUCUGGAGGGAAUAUGCAUACAUUGAUUACGUUGUAUGACAAGGAAUCUAAAGAGGAGGCUAAAUGUCAAUAUUCAAGUCCAUAAAAUCUCCAGCAAUUCUAGCUUGCUAAUCAAGUGACAUGCUACCUGGCUAGGUCAAUCACAAUCCACUUGACUUAUCAAGAUGUCACUUGGAUAUACAGAACUUCAGGUACAUCUAGAUCAUUGGAUUAUGUGUGACAGAAAUUGUAACAAUUGUGUGUUCUUUGUCACAUGAUCACCGAACAGAGAGGAAUAUCCAGUAUUUAACCAUGUGAGGAAUGGAACAGGUACACAAUGUAAGUAGUGUGCACACAGCGUGUUUCACAACUUCAUUCAAUAAUGCUGAUCAUGCUAUUUGGUCAAUGGAUGAGAACAAGCCAUGUCUUUGCUAUGGCUGUAAUCAGAGACUUGGAGGUGGUGGAUUUCAUAUGAUCUACUCUUUGUGUCGUGUUGUGAUUACUGAUUUUGAUAUCAUGUUUAUUACAGAUACAUAUUGUAACCAUGGCAACAAAAGUGAUGUGGAUGUUAUUCAAGUGUUUUUGCUCGAGGAUUAUCAUGAUUGUUUUCGUUAUGUGAGUGUGUUUCAUUUAACGCCAAUUUUCACAAUAUUGCUGUUAUAUUACGGCGUGUAAGCUGACUGUGGGGGGAAAGCCCGUAGUGAUGCAGGUCUCGACCUUUACCACUUUGGUGAAACCCAUGAGCACGGGUAUGGUUUUGUUAAGGAUUUAGUACAUUUAAUGACUGAAAGUCUGUGUUUUGUUGGUUGCUUUUUGCAGCAGUCCGGGAUAUUCCAUCUGUGUCAUAACCGCCUAGCCACCUGGUAAUAAUCAGGUCAGGGAUAGGCAAACCAGUUGUUAAUGACAUGAUCAAUACUCCACACUGUUUGGAUAUGAUGCCAUGCAGCCUCAUCACCGACCUGGGCGCCAUUCCACAAAGCAAACUAAGCGCUAAGACGAUUGUAACUCCCAUACUUUAACAUAGACUAAUGACAGUCAAAGAGCUAAGUUCGCUUUGUGGCCCUGAUAACAGGAUUACUAUUUUAGUUGGCGCUUACAACAGGCAUUGAGCAAUGGAAACCAAAUCUAACUUGUAAUUAUGAUUUAUUGUUUGCCCAACAAAUAUUUAGGGGAGGGGGUUGCAGAGCUACAGAUAAGCAGCAUAUUUGCAUAAAAUACCAAAAACAACCUUAAAAACACAAUUACUUUCAAUUAACUUGCUUAUAGAAAUGCAUGCAUUAAAUGAAAAACUCAAAUGUAUAAAAAAAGCUCACAUAAAUUCCCAAUGACGCUUUUUCAGCAUGCGUAUAAAGGAGCUAAUUUCUGAAACACUAUUACGAGCUAAUUUACUUUCUGGGUCAAGCCUAUUUAUUUAGAACUGUUAUAUACAUCUAAAACAUUAUUUCAUAUAUUUUUUUAAUCUUAAAAUGCACACUAAUUUGGGGAAAACCUCAAUAGAUUGAUGAUUAGAUGAGUAAAGAAAUAUUGGUAAAAACUCAAUUGCUCAAAAAGUUAUCUGGAGCUCUGGGGUUGGUAGGAAUAGUCCAGAGCACUGGUGCAAACCUUAUUUCAUUAGUCCUCAGUUUGUAGCUAGUCCAGGUUAAACAAGAGAAAAAUGUUUGCUUUGUUUACAUUUUCAGUUUUAUUCAUUUCCAAUUUGUAGACAAAUUGAAGGGUUGAGAACUGGUCCAGAAUUUUAGCCCUCAAAUGGUACUCAUCUUUGAGGACUACCAUCAUUGAAGUUUGACUUGUCCUCACCACAAGGUAGUAUUUUGGAGACAGAGUGAAUUUCGAAGGCUGUUGUUGGUUAAUUGUGGUAAAGAAAUAUCCACAGGAGCUUUCUUUGUAUUUUGACCAUGUUGACAAUGUUCUUAAUUGCUUGAUGUGUUUACUACCAUUGAUUAUUUUUAGUCAAGAAACAUCCACAAGAGAUUUCUUUCUGUUUUGAUCGCUGUGCAGAGUUGCUUCCUUUGGGCACGCCAGAAACCUAUGAUUGUGGGUUCGAAUCCCGGUUCGCCCCAAUUAUGAUUCUAGGUUUGUCAGCACCAUACCCGUGCUCGUGGGUUUCA